AUGCAGAGACUACUGCAGACCUUCACGACGAAGAUUUCUCCGGCACAAAGCACGAAGUAUUUCACAGCACCCAAGGCAUCCCAUCGAAACUGGACAGACGAUUUUCUGUACUUGACGGCCGUCAGCGAUGCCUGUGGAGGUGCAGACAGCCUUGUUCUGGACAACAUCGUUCAUUAUGCUGACCCACACAUGCGAACUACGAUGUUGUCCAGAUUGGACAUUCAUCGCACCGAUUACCUGCGGCAAGCAGAAGAGUUGGCGCAAUUUGCCCAAUCGACGGAGGUGGACACUCACUCGAAGAGUUUUGGACGCGAUGUGGUGAACACUGUCGAGGUUGCGCAGGAAUUCAAGGACAAACACAAAUCAAGACCGUCGCUACCACGCACCGACACCCGGACUUUUUUUAAAUGUGGAGAAGUGGGUCACAUUCGUUCGAGGUGCCCCAAAAUGAAGAAGAAGCCCUCGGGUGCGAAUUUCGUUUGCACGGUUGGUCGCGGUGCGAGUCGCUCGCCCGGACAAUGGAUUCUCGACGGCGGUUCGAGUAGACAUUUGGUCAAUGACCCGAGUCUGCUGACUGAUCCGAUUGAUUGUCGCAGCGAGUACAUGACUGUAGCCACUGAUGGAAGUGCGCUGCGGAUCACCCUACAAGGAACUGUAGACAUCCAAGUCGUUGCACUUGGAGUCGUGAACACAUUGAGGCUCCUCAAUGUUCAGUAUGCGGAGAACCUCGAGCGUAACAUCCUUUCCUACGGAUUGCUCGAGGCAAAAGGUUGCGUACUGGAAUAUCGAGGAGGGAGGCGCGUGUUGUCUUCCGGUACGGGCGCUACGCCCAUCAUGGAUGUGGAAUGCUGCAACAACGUGUUGGUUGUCGCGGUGACAAAUCACAGUGAUCGUAAUUCCAAGCCACCACAAGAGGCACUGAUGACUGUUGUCAACCCACCUGAAUAUGAAUCCGAUUCGGAUGUUCUAUGCGGUACCUUGAUGGACUUUCAUCGGCGUUUAGGACACCUUUGUUUCGACACGAUCGUCAAGAUGGCGAACGAUCCGGCAUCAUGCAUCCGACUGACUGAUUCGACACGUCAAAAGUGUCUGGCCUGUGCCCAGGGAAAACAGACCAAGGGAGUCCAGUCGAAGAGAGAUACAGGCGCGAAUUCGCCAAUCGACGCGAUCGGGGGAGUCAUUUGUUCGGACCUUAAGGGUCCCAUGACCCCCCGAGAUCGUUUGGAAAAUCUUUACAUGGUCAACUUCAUCGACCACCGUUCGAGUUACAGUCGAAUAUUUUUGGCCAAGUCGAAGGAUGCAGCCGCGUCAAAGUUCAAGCUCUUCAUGGCAAACUUUGAGCGCGAGUUCAAUUGCAAGGUUCAUGUCUUACGCACCGAUGGAGGUGGCAAAUACAAGACACUCGAUAUUUUCUGCUCUUCGGAAGGCGUCUUGCGUCAAGUAAGCGAGGCGAAAAACCAAGCAAGCAACGGCAAGGCUGAACGGAUGCACCGCACCGUCAUGAACAUGGUGCGGAGUAUGAUCUUUGCAUCAAACCUGCCGCUCUCAUUUUGGGGUGAUGCUGCAAUGUACGCCUCGUACAUACUGAAUCGAAGCAAAACCAAGUCCAACCCCGGAUGUGCAUCGCCCUUGGAGAUCCUGACAGGCAAGGCUCCCGUGCUGACAGACAUUGUGGCCUUUGGUUCAACAUGCACUGCGCACAGAGACCCGAAGAACAAGUCACUCGGUGAACGAGGCAAGGCGGGCAUCGUCAUUGGGCGAGGCAGCGAAACGAAGGGAUACAAGGUGUACAUCCCAGUGGAUAAGGUGGUCGUGGUGACUCAACAUGUUCAAAACAUUGAAGCACCACAGGAUGACCAGGAUGAGAGAGAAGACCUGUCUAGACAUGGCACGACGUCAGAAGGAGCCAGGCCCUGA